AUGGAUCCCUCCGUCGCUCAUAGGCCAUGGGUGGCCGUCUCAGGGCCGCAGACGCCCGGUUCGACACAAACCCUGCCCUCGAUCUCGACCCUCACCGCGAACAUGCCUGGAACUGGAGCCCCGGAGAAAUCACCAGGUGCAUCACUGAAUACGAUCGAACGCGAUUCGGGGAAUUGGUCUAUGCCGCAAAGCACAAGAUCGUCCACCUACUCUACGACCACCAAUGGCACCGGCAACAACUAUCCCUCCCUUAGCUUCAUUGCCUCGUCGCAACCCUCUCCGAAUCGCACUCAUCCGGCCGUCGACCGCUCUCCCUUCGCCCAUGAUCAAUCAACGACACCUUCCUCCGCCGGCGCCCAGCCAUCCCCGAACUUUAACACCCCUCAACCCAACUCCACCCUCCCCUCCAUCAACCAGAACUACGAAGCGCCCUCGCAACGGGCGAGUGUCGCAGAGACCGAGUCGCGCCGCAGCAGCGUGGACAGCCGUAUGAACCAAGGCAUCAGCUCUCUCGCGAUCAACCCGGCCUCCCCCUACCACAGCACCAAUGCCUCCCAGUCCUCGAUCGUAUCGAGUCUGCAACGGGAGCGAGGCAUCCCGACCGACAUGAAUUCAUACCGGGGCCCUCGCUACUCAGGGGGCAGCCAGCCUCUGUCGCCUUUGGGCCCGCGCCCCGGGGAGCAUCGAAGUUUUGCAGCCGGUCGCACGGCUCCCGCCAUUCAAUCCAACCCGCGGUCGGAAAUUUACAACGCUGAAGCUCCCACCGCGGGUAUGGCGUAUGCCUUCCCUGACCCGGACAUGGCGCGCUCAAGCUCGGUAUCCUCCAAGGGAGAAUCCAAUCCCCCAUUCUCCCGAAAAGGCAGUACCGCGGAGUCGCUCAGCAGUAUGUAUUCCGAAUCGCGGAUGCCGCGCGGACAGCACGACCUGCCCCAAAACGUACACCACCACUCCUUGCAACACAAGGCAGUCCGCGACUUGAUCGGCGAGGAAGACACACCUCCCGGCAGCACCCCCUACAGCCGAACGCCGGAACUGCGCGUAACACAUAAACUCGCAGAGCGUAAACGCCGCAGCGAAAUGAAAGAUUGUUUCGAAUCCUUGCGUCUACGCCUGCCAUCAGGCCAAACCAACAAAUCCAGCAAAUGGGAAACCCUCACGCGCGCCAUCGAGUAUAUAAAUCACCUCGAGAAAUCAAUGGGCCAGGUGCGCCGCGAAAACAAUGCCCUGCGCGAUGAGAUGGAAGCCAUGCGCGCCCAGCUGAGCCAAGCCAAUGGCCAACCCCGACAGCCAUCCAUCUUCGAGCACCACCCCAUGAACGCACAGCAGGCCAAUGGCCAUGGCCAGACCCAAGGUCCAGUCUUUGGCUUUGCGAAUGGUGCGCCUGUGGCGCAGGAGCAGCCGCGUACUCUACCGCCGCUUAUGAAUGGAUCGGUUGCGCCUAUGCAGGGUAUCCAGUAUACCGAUGAGCGGCGGUAG